CCUCAUCGUUCUGCUAUAGGCAACUAUCCUGUCUCAAUAAUGAACUUCCCAGCCGACAACCUUAUGCAGGAUUAUCGAGACAAGCAUUGGAACGAUAUCUGGAUCAAGCCAUUGAUCUCUGAUUCGUCCACUCAUGGUUUCAAGGAUCUCACUUAUCAGGAUGUUACCCCCACGUGGUUAACGAAGAUACUUUACCCGACUGAUUGGGAUAACUGGUCACCCGAAUACACCAAGUUUACAACCCAAAUUAUGCGUGAGUACUGGUGGGUUUCUUGGGUGGUAGUCGUCUUGUACCUGAUCGCCAUUCCAGUUGGUCAACGUAUUAUGAAGAAUCGUCAAGCGUUCAACUUGAAAAAGCCACUUGCCUUGUGGAACCUCUUCCUUGCCGUCUUCUCCUUUAUUGGUGUCACUAGGACCGUUCCCUUGCUCUUGGCUGGUACCUGGCAGAAUGGCCCUCUCUACUUCGUUUGCCGUAAUGCUAGUGCUUCGUAUGGCACUGGACCCGCUGGCUUGUGGAUAAGCCUGUUCAUGUACAGCAAAUAUGUUGAGCUUGUUGAUACUGCCUUCUUGGUGUUGAGGAAGAGGAACGUUAACUUCCUUCAUUGGUUCCAUCAUGCUACUGUAUUGCUCUACUGUUGGCAUGCAGGAGCCUAUGAACAGCCUACCGGUAUCUUCUUUGCUACUAUGAACUAUAUGGUCCAUUCUAUUAUGUACUUCUACUACUUCCUAUCAUCAGUUGGUCAUAAGCCUAGGUGGGGCCUAACUGUUACCAUUCUACAGAUCUCACAAAUGUUUGCUGGCAUGUUCGUGGUAGCCGUGCACUACUACUCUAUCUCACAUGUUACCAACUGUGACGGCGCCUAUGAGGAUCUAGUUGCCGCCUUCUUGAUGUAUACGGCUUAUAUGCUCCUCUUCGUACAGUUCUUCGUUGGACGUUAUGUGGCACCUAAGAAGGAUGCCGUGAAUGCUUCGAAAAAGUCAAACUAGUUGAGGGGAUGAUACUCGGUGUUUUUUCAUCGGAUACCGUCCUUUUAUUGCAAAUACUUGUUUACUGUCACUACUACUGAUAGAUCAGCAGUGAUGGUAGCGCCUAUUGGUUGGGCCCAGUAGGUAUGUGAAUUAUACGGUGGAGGAGGAGUUGUUGUUGUUGUUGGUAUUCCGGGCAACUGGUGUGGUAGGAAUAGGUUAGGUGGAAGUGUCGUUCUACCAUGCCUUGAUGAUAUUACCACGUUAUUGUUGUUGUCGCUGUGGACUGCUGCUGAUCAACUGUCGUGGUUACUUGCAGGACAUAUUACUACUGCUAUAAUGUUGUAACUAUCGCUACUACUACCACUACUACUUCCACUACUAAUACAAACUAUAUAACAUACAAUGCUUCUGUCUUGUCCAAUCGAGGCAUAGUUAGUA